AUGGGACGAGGAGGCGCAGGUGCACUGCAGCGACAGGUCGUGCUCGUAGGGGCGGGCCAAGCGCAUUUGGACGUGCUGCGCUUGUGGGGCCUACGUAAGCAGCGGGAGACAACGGCGGACAAGACAACACCAUGCAGCUCUGCUGCUGGUGCCGCCUCCACAGACAAAACAGCAGCCGCUGUUCUGCGUUCCAUACUCGGCAAGGACGCUGCUGUUGCCGCAGAUGAGGAAUGCAGCAACAACAGCGGCUGCAUCAACAACCUGCCCGUCUCUUCUGUCUCUUUACUGCUCGUCACAGAGACCACGGAAGUCCUAUAUAGUGCCAUGGUACCUGGCUACAUAACGGGGGAGUUCAACUUGCCGGACUUGACCGUUGACUUGGCUCCUCUGUGCUCUUUCGCGGGCGCCUCCCUUAUCACCGCCAGGGCUGUGGGGCUGCUGCCGCAGCAAAAGCUGCUGCUGCUUGACGGCAGUCGUCCCCCCCUAAGAUUUGAUGUGCUAUCGAUCGACACGGGAAGCAAGCCCGAGAUGUCUCUUAUUCCGGGCAGCAUGAGGCCAUUACUUUCACGCAGCAACACCUUUGUAAACAGAGCGUGUAUCGACGGAGACGCAUCCACCGCAGAAGCAGAGACAAGUCCCAUGCCUUCGCCAACUGGAGAUGAUUCCCUUCGGGGGCAUAAGCUGUCUCCUUGUGGCUGCCCUGCAUCUGGCAGCAGCAGCAGUAGCAGCAGCAGGUACUGCUGCUGCUGUGUUUGCCCUAAACGACCGCUUCAAGGCAUCGUCUCCCGUUGGCUGCUGCUACAGCAGCAGCUGCAGCAGGCCUGGCAGCAGGCUGCAGACAGCAAAGAAGCCACUGCUGGUGGGGAAUCUCAGGACACUGCCAGGAGAGACAGCAGCACGAGUGCUAGUAGCAGCAAGAUGGCCGACACACGGCCUGUCUUCCGCAUUCUGGUGAUUGGCGGUGGAGCUGUGGGAGUCGAGAUGGCUCUGGCGCUGCAAUAUGCUGUGCAGCAGCUGCUGCAGACACUAGAUAAGCACCAGCAGCAGCGCCAGAAGCAGCAUUCAUUUUCCUCUUACUCGCAAAAGGAUGAACAGCAGAGGGAACGUUCUGUCUCUCCUCUUAAGGUGGAAGUUGUCUUAGCCACAAGCGGCCCAGAAAUCCUCACGGGAUACUCGAAGAGGGCUCAAGCGACGCUAAGGAAACUGCUGACAUCUAGGGGCGUCACUGUGCACGUCAACUGCCGCGUAGAACGCCUGGAGGAGAUGGCGGAUGGACGUCGGGUCCUUGCUGUCUCAUCGGGGACGCAGCUGGUGGAGCUUUUUGACUUUUCCUUCUGCUGCACCAGCACAAAACCGCAGGACUGGAUUCAGUCAACUCGGUUGCCGUUAGAUGAAAAUGGAUUCUUGCGAGUCUUGCCGACACUCCAAUGUGUUGAUUACCCAAGCAUAUUCGCUGCAGGCCACACAGCUAGCAUCGUGGGCCACAUUCGCCCGAAGGCUGGGGUGUAUGCAGUGCGUGCCGCUCCCGUCAUCGAAAGCAAUAUAUGGAGAUUAUUGAGAGGAGAGACGCUUGAAGUUUGGAAGCCCCAGGGCUCUUUCAUGUCGCUUCUUGUGACUGGCAAAAGCGAAGCCGCUCUAUGCAAAGGGGCCUUUGUCUUUCAUGGCAACUGGGUCUGGAAACUCAAGAAAGCAAUCGAUUCAAACUGGCUAUGCAGCCACCGCGACUUUCCCGGGCCUACUGCAUCCCCCAGCGCCCCUCCUGGGCCUCAACGAUCUACUUCGUUUUUGGGGCUCAAGGAACUUGGGGCUGCUGCUGCAUUCGGUGCUGAGGCACUGAGUACUUGGGUGUCCGCAGCGAUCGCCUCCGAGCCGCCCGUUCAGGGUCCCGCAAUCGGAGAUCUGCCGCAUCCCUGCAUGUCGAUAUUCGCGACUCUUCUCUCCAAGGCAGCAGGGGCGCGGGCCAAGGGCUGCACGGGGGCUUCUCGGUGCGCUGGUUGCUCAAGCAAAAUCCCGCAACGCGUCGUCUCUGCGGCUUUGCAACAGCUGCGCCACCACAAUUUCCAGGUUCAGCAACUACACGACCGAGAGGCUCAGCUGCAGCAGCUGCAGCAGCAGCCGGGGGCUGACGAUCAACAAGACUGGGAUCAAGAGAAGCCCCUCUUCGCCCGCCCGGAGGUUAUAUGCGGUCUGAAGACCCCCGAUGACUGCUGUUUGUUUUCCCCAGUCCCUUUAGAUGGCCUCCUGGAGACAGCUGGAGUGACGGCGCCCCCUGUGUCCCUCCUUGCCCAGAGCGUGGAUUUCUUUAGAUUGUUUACAGGCGACCUGUACACUAUGGGCCGCGUAGCAGCAGCCCACGCCCUCUCCGAUCUAUAUGCAUGUGGCGCGGAGCCUUUAACGGCCCUAGCCGUCACUCUCAUGCAAAAAGCACCUCCUGAGCUGCAAGCAAACAAUUUGCUGCAGUUUUUAUGCGGGGCAAGCAGUGUCUUCUCUUCUGAGGGCUGCGAGCUCAGCGGCGGUCAUUCUGCAGCGGGCGAUGGCCCUUCAGCUGCAGGCUUUUGCGUCACUGGGCGGAUAUUCUAUCCUUCCCCGCCUGGCGCAUCAUCAGCAAAGACGAACUCGAGCAAAGGAGGCAAUGACGAGAAACGGCGGCAGCAGCAGCAGGCAUUGGUGGCACCAGGCAAACCCUUGGCUCCUGGCUUCCUUCUACGGAAGGGUAGCACUGGCGUUACCGAGGGCUGUGUGCUACUGCUGACGAAGGGCAUUGGGACCGGAGUCAUAUUUGCGGCCCAUGCAAAGAGCCGAGCAAAAGGAGGUUGGGUGGAGGCAGCGCUGCAACAAAUGCAGCAGACGAAUAGGGCGGCUAUGCAUGCGCUAGUUCAGCACGGGGCGACGGCAUGCACCGACAUAACUGGUUUUGGCUUGCUAGGCCAUUUGCUGGAAGUGGUCGACACGUCGAACAGGGCACUUGCAAAAGUGAACCGCGGUGAUGGAUCAGCAGAAGCAGAAGGCGGCGCCAACCUGGUGGGAGCCCGUGUUUGGCUCGGCAGGAUCCCGCUGUUGCCUGGGGCCGCUGAGCUCACCCGAAAGGGGGUUGCUGCAUCUCUUUUUGUGGAGAACGCGGCAACGGGAGCACGCCGUCUGUCUGUCUUGUCUGAAGAUGAAGUGGAGGCCGAAGCACCUUUGGGCUCUCUCCACCUCGGUAAUGUCAGGGGCCUUUCUCCGUCGAAUGAGAAGCUGGGUGACGAACGCGAGCUGCUGCAAGCGCUUCAACAGCAGCUGCGGGGGCCCUGCUGCUGCCGUGCUUCUUUGCCUGCGGAGGCGGACAAGCUGGAGGGUCCGGCCAGAGAGGAGACGGCAGUGCAGAGCAGCUUAUGGAGCUACAGUAACAUGAACGAAAGGGAAAGCAGCCGCAGUUGCUGUUGUUGCAGUCCUUGUUCAGACUCUUCAAUCGUCUUCCCGCUGCUUUUCGACCCACAAACUAGCGGGGGACUGCUCGCUGCAGUCCCUGCUGAAGCUGCUGCAUCCUGCCUGGCAGCGCUGCGGGUUCACACGGCGGCUGUGGCCAUCGGAGACAUAAUAUCUCUUCCUCCUGACGCUGCAGCAAACAGCAGCCUCACUCGCAACAAGCCAAUCCAAAUCAUCGCCGCAUAUACAGAGACUGCAGCAGAUACUGCCAGUAGCUGCAAGUAG